GAAGCGGGCCCUACUACGUAUAAGAGAAUAAUUAACCACCCUCUCUACCUUCCAUCACCUCUUUUGGCCUCUGCGUUCUUUACUCUCUCACUAUCACUAAAGACAAACCAAACCCCAAAAAAAAAAGAGAGUGAAGAAGAUCGAUCGACCAUCACCAGCAGAAUCUUAGCUGGAUUCAUCACUCUCCAAAAGUUUUCUCAUCUUUGCUCGAGAAAAUCCAGAAGAAGAACAUUUCAUUACAGAAAGGAAGAAAGAGAGAGAGAGUCCCUACAGUCUCAGAUCUUGUUGAUUGAAAAGAGAAGGAAGAAGAAGAACAACACAAUGCUCUUCUUCUUAUUCUUCAACUUUCUCUUCUUAUCUUCAUCCUCCGAUCUCGUUUUCGCAGACCGUCGAGUCCUCCACGAACCAUUCUUCCCCGUAGAUUCUCCACCACCGUCACCUCCUCAAACGCCGCCGCUUCCUAAGCUUCCUUUCUCUUCUACCGCUCCUCCAGACGCCCCUGCACCUCCUUUUUUCCCUUUGUACCCUUCAUCUCCUCCGCCUCCUUCUCCGGCGUCUUUCGCAUCUUUCCCGGCGAAUAUCUCCUCUCUCAUCGUCCCUCACGCCACUAAAUCGCCACAAAACUCCCGAAAACUCCUAAUCGUCGCCAUCUCCGCCGUGACCUCCGCCUUUUUAGUCGCCGCGCUUAUUGCGUUGCUCUACUGGCGAAGAAGAAGGAAUCAGGAUCGUAACAUACCCGAUGAUAGCAAGACGUGGACAACCGACAGUAGCCGGCGAGUUUAUCCUCCUCCGCCGGCUGCUCCUCCGGUACGGCGCAAUGCUGAGGGUAGAAAUAGUAAGCAGAGGAUGACGACGAGCUCCACCAACACUAGCUCAGAGUUUCUUUACUUGGGAACGAUGGUGAAUCAGAGAGGAGUUGAGGAUCAAUCCGCGAGUAAUCUGAGCAAUAAUGGUUCGAGCUCAAGAAAACUGGAAUCUCCAGAUCUUCAGCCUCUUCCUCCUCUCAUGAAACGGAGUUUCCGGCUAAAUCCAGAGGUUGGUUCAAUAGGAGAGGAGGAAGCAGAAGAGUUUUACUCUCCCAGAGGUUCAGCAAGUGGGCGCGAGACGUUAAGCCGGGUCGGAUCCGAGUCCCGGAGAGUUUUCGCGGCGGUUCCGAUUCAAAACCCUAGAUCUGUGAACAAUGACACUAUCUCCUGCUCGUCAUCAAGCUCAGGUUCACCAGGAAGGUCGACCUUCAUCAGCAUUUCUCCAUCAAUGAGUCCAAAGAGAUCCGAACCCAAGUUCACGGCAACCUCCGCAGCAGACCCACCGUUGAAGACUUCACCGGGAAGCUCUGAAUCAUCCCCGUCAAAGAUCCCGGAGUUAACAGAUUUUCGAUUUGUGAGGUCUCCGUCACUGUCCUUAGCUUCUUUAUCUCCGGGACUCUGCCCGGUGAAAAACGCCGAUGGUGGAUUAGGCCAAAUCUCGAGAUCUCCAACGGUUAGAUCUCUCACAACUUCACCAGAUAGAUCAUUAGAUAACAAAAAAGAAACUCUCGAGGACUCUCCACGAAGUUUACGAUCAACGAGGGUAUCAUCUGCUUCAACUUCUCCAGAACGACGACCAAAUGAUACACCAGAAGCUUACUUGCGAUCACCUUCCCAUUCUUCUGCUUCUACAUCACCAUACCGAUGCUUCCCGAAGUCUCCGGAGGUAUUACCGGCGUUCAUGAGCAAUCUCCGGCAAGGAUUGCAAUCUCAAUUACUUUCUUCUCCGGGACAAGGUUUCCUUAAAGAGCUAGACGCAUUGCGUUCUCGUUCGCCGUCGUCUCCUUCAUCAUCUGUUUGCUCUUCACCGGAUAAAGCUUCUCACAAGUCACCGGUCACAUCUCUACGGAAUUCUCAGUCUGCCUCGUCAUCGUCUCUGUCAUCUUCUCCAGACAGAGAUUUUAGCCAUAGCUUAGAUGUAUCCCCACGGAUAUCCAACAUCUCAUCUCAAAUUCUCCAGCCUCCUCCGUCUGCUAUAACCGAAGCUUCGCCAGUGCCACCACCGCCUCCACCACCUCCUCCACCAUUUCCGUCAUGGUCACGACGGAAUCAGGCGACUCCCAAGCCCUCUCGACCUCCUUCUCUCACGCCGCCUUCACAUCCUUUCGUGAUCCCAUCAGAAAACCAGCCAGUGACUUCUCCAAAGGAGACUUUCUCUGCCAAUGAUCCAGCAGAGGAAACUCCGAAACCGAAGCUAAAGGCUUUACAUUGGGAUAAAGUCAGAGCAAGUUCCGAUCGUGAGAUGGUCUGGGAUCAUCUUCGAUCAAGCUCUUUCAAAUUAGAUGAGGAGAUGAUUGAAACGUUGUUUGUGGCAAAGUCAUUAGACUCUAAACCAAAUCAGAGUCAUACAACUCCAAGAUGUGUUCUCCCAAGCCCAAACCAAGAAAACAGAGUCUUGGACCCUAAGAAGGCACAGAACAUUGCGAUCUUGCUUCGCGCCCUUAACGUCACUAUAGAAGAAGUCUGUGAAGCUCUUCUUGAAGGUAACGCUGAUACACUUGGGACUGAACUUCUUGAGAGCUUACUGAAAAUGGCGCCGACAAAAGAGGAAGAGCGAAAGUUAAAAGCUUACAAAGACGAUUCACCCGUUAAGCUUGGACAUGCUGAAAAAUUCCUAAAGGCAAUGUUAGACAUCCCUUUCGCCUUCAAAAGAGUUGACGCGAUGCUCUAUGUAGCUAACUUUGAGUCCGAGGUUGAAUACUUGAAGAAAUCUUUUGAGACUCUUGAGGCUGCUUGUGAGGAGCUGAGAAACAGCAGAAUGUUCUUGAAGCUUCUUGAAGCGGUUCUUAAGACCGGAAACCGAAUGAACGUUGGGACAAACCGAGGCGAUGCGCAUGCGUUUAAGCUCGACACGCUUCUCAAGCUCGUCGAUGUCAAAGGCGCAGAUGGGAAAACGACUCUCUUGCAUUUCGUUGUGCAAGAGAUAAUCCGAGCGGAAGGCACGCGUCUCUCGGGUAGCAAUACGCAGACAGACGAUAUCAAAUGCAGGAAACUCGGACUCCAAGUUGUAUCAAGCCUAUGUUCAGAGCUUAGUAACGUUAAGAAAGCUGCUGUGAUGGACUCAGAAGUGUUAAGCAGCUACGUCACAAAGCUUUCACAAGGCAUAGCCAAGAUCAACGAAGCUAUCAAAAUCCAAUCGACGACACCAGAAGACAACCAGAGAUUUUCGGAGUCGAUGAACACGUUUCUGAAACGAGCUGAGGAAGAUAUCAUCAGAGUACAGGCUCAAGAGAGUGUAGCGUUGUCUCUUGUGAAAGAGAUCACUGAGUAUUUCCAUGGGAACUCGGCUAAAGAAGAAGCUCACCCGUUUAGGAUAUUCUUGGUGGUUCGAGACUUUCUUGGAGUUGUAGACAGAGUCUGCAAAGAAGUUGGGAUGAUUAACGAGAGAACAAUGGUUAGUUCUGCUCAUAAGUUUCCUGUUCCGGUGAAUCCAAUGCUGCCACAGCCUUUACCUGGACUAUGUGGAAGAAAGCAAUCUUCUUCUUCUUCAUCUUCACCAUCAGACGACGAUCAAAACUCAUCUUCAUUAGUUUCUUAAGGUGAGAUCAUCAGCUUUUGUAUGUGCAAGUUGUAAAAAGUAUCUUGUUUGUUUUGUCAUAAUAGAUCUAAUAUAUAUAGGGACUAGGGAGAGAAGGGAAACAGAGACACAUAAGUAUUUAUUUUUAUUACAUUUGUGUAAAAUAAUAUACGUUACAUUUCUAUUUCUUGAUUUAUUCGUCUUAAAUUUUAAGAAUAAAUCAUCGAAUUCAUUGCCGUUACAAAAGAAUUAUCA